AUGGUGUACUUACACUUUCCGACGAAUCUGACAGAAGAAGAACUCAUGCUGCAAAACAAGUAUCAAAAAUUGAGAAAAAAGAAAAAAGCAUUGCAAGUGCAAAAAACACCUCGACCUGAACCUGAGCCUUCGCCUGUACUCAAUCCCAAAAGGCCCAAAGAAACAGCUCGGGACGCAAGGGAAAUAGCGAAAAAACUAUUGAAGUCUGGUGCUAUAGGACCGAUAAAAAAAGUACCCAAUCGUACAGAUCAGGAAUCAUUUAAGAGACCUUGUGGAAUGGAACGCAAACUGUUGAUUACUACUCAGGCUUUAAGUAGCUAUCAACCGUUUUCGGCAGCUUCACCGGUCAUCAAAACAACUGAAGUCAUUCCCGAUAGCACUCCAAAAGCAACCCCUACUACUAAAUUCACUAAUUUGUAUAGUAGUUUUGUUUCUUCCACUUCUAAAACCACUCCACCAGCUCCGAGUUCACCAGAACCAGUCCCCGAACAACCCACUCGUAAGGACAUCACUAUAUUUGUUGGAGGAAGUAGUGCAAUGACUGAAGAAUUUUUAAGAUCUACAUUUAGUAAAUUUGGUACAAUAAUUAAUAUAUCAAUGGAAAUAGAAAAAAAUCGAGGGUUCAUCACGUUCAACUCCCCAGACACUGCUGAUAAAGCAGUAGCUCAAAUGAACACCACCACAGUCUCUGGUAUUAAAUUAAAAGUUUCUAUUUCACGAAAUCAGCCUAUUGAAUUUGGCGAUAAAGGAAUUAAUUCCUGGAAUGCCAUUGCUACUAAUAAAUCACAAAAAGGAAAUCAACGAGAUGAUCGUUCACUGGUGACAUACGAUGAUUUAUUUUAA